AUGUCAUCAUUGCUAUUAAUGUAUAUUAUGAUUCGUGUUUGUUAUUCGCUUAAUUUUUUUUCUUUAUGUUUUGUUGCAGGAUGGAAUAUAGCGAUGGAUGAAGGAGACGAUUAUGUACCACAAAUUUCGCAGCUUGACUACUCACUGGUUGAUAGCGGGCAAAGUGUUUUGCAAAAUGAUCCCGGUAUUUAUAGUCCACCACCAUCUCAAAUACCUCUGCAACAUCUCCAGUACGGUAGUGAGGUCACAGGAAUGCAUCCAUGCCAAUUACCCAGUCAAAUGAUUCCUCAAGGCAUACAGCAACAACAAGUGAUACAGCCUACGCAGGUGCCGCAACCAGUUGUGCAGAAGCCAAAAGUUCAAAGACGUCGCAAAAACGUAGCUAAUGUUGAGCAGCAAGCUUUAGCGGGACAAGCAAUGCUUCCACCCUCAUCGGUACCUCCUAGACAACAAUACAUGAAUAACAUGACACCAAUGCAGAGCAUGGCGGCAAUGUCUCAAAAUCCCCUGAUGACCCAUAUGCGCUCUCCAGGACCAGGAUCACAAAUGCAGCAACAGAUGAUGACUGGAAAGCAUCACACAUCAAAUGAUAUGCCACCAAUACGUCAUCCAAGUCUGCCACCCAACGUUCAUGAUCCGUAUCAUCAACAACAGCAAUGGUUUCAACAGCAGCAAUUCCGCCUUCCGAGUUACCCACCACAACAUCAGAUGUACUCAUCGCAGCAACGACCACCCAUGAAUCAGAUGAUGCCUCAGCAGACCUAUUAUUCGCAACAACAACAAAUACAACAAGAUGUCCGAAAUCCAAUGUAUUAUCAACCACAUCAAGUAUACGAGCAGGUGUCACGUUAUCCGCCAUCUAUGGGUCCACAACUCGGCCAUUCACAGCAGUAUUAUUCAGAACAAAGCCAAAACUUCUAUCCAUCUCCAAAUCAUAUGAUACAGCAAUCAUCGCAGUCACAAACUAUGACAGUGCAUCAGCAAAUACCUUCUGGAUCCGGUGAGUGGCAGCAGCACAGCACUAAUCCGCAGCAACGUUAUUCUUCACAACCACAAUAUCCACCAUCUACCAGUAUCCAGAUCGAAAUACAACAGGUGCAACAACAACUGCAGUCGAUGUAUGAAAUUCCAAAUAGAAAUAUGCAAAUAGCACAACAGAUUGAACAGCUGCAACUUCGUUUACAGUAUUUACAGCGGUGUUACAUGAGCGAAUGCCAUGGAGGUACGCAACGAAGCGAACAACCUGUAUCUGUGAUGCAGCGAGGCUCCGAAGUACAAGUUAACAUAAAACCGGAUUUACCUGGUCAUACUCUGAUUAGCGUUUAUCAUCAGUACCCACCUAAUUCAGCUCCAGCAAAAAGUGUGCCACCAACAGAAAAUAUUAUUGCAAAAGACUGUGUUCCACCAGAACCGAUUCCAUCACGUUCUCGUACUCCAGUUGAGGAUCCCUCCGCACCGAGUCAUACAUCAAACUCUCUAAAUAAUUCAGUACCGUUUAUGGGAACACAGGCAUCUAUGGUUCCAAUUGGAAAUGCUGUAACAUCCUCAGCUUAUAAGCAGCAACAAAGUUUGUUUCAGCCUUCUGUACAACCUAGUGCAGCAUCGCUGAAGUAUCAAGAUCAGCACAAAUAUCAGGAAGUUUCCGAAUCACAGCAACAGCAACCGGACGUUAUUCGAACUGAAUUAGAACAAGAAUCAGGGCUGCCCACUGCUAUCGUCACCACUUCCUCUUGCGAAAUUUUAGUUCCUAACAGAGACAUUGGAAAAGGUAUCUUGUCAGACAAUCAUUAUGCAACCGAAAAUGUGACAAAAAAGGCAGAAGAAAAUAACAAUUCGGUUAACCAGUUCGGAAGACAAGGAGAAAUAGUGGAUUUAGCUAUAACAGAUCCACAGCAGCAACCAACUAGUAGUAUGCAUUCGUCUGAAAAUUCUGAAGUUUGUCUGCCAUCUGAUGAAUUGUCUGAUACGGAAGGGUUUAAGUCGUACACACAAGUAGCUGUAAAUUCGGAAGAAAUCAUACAAAACAAUUUCAAAACCGAUGGAGGAUCUAGAAAUUCAACAGUGGAAGUUGAUGCUGAAGACUCGAUCAGUGAUGAACUGGGUAAUGAGGAAGCGUCAAAGGUUGAAAAGAUCGAUGAAAAAAAUGAUAAAGAUUUAUCAAAUGAGCUGGAGAAAUUGGGUGAAAAACCAAAGAAGGAGGACGAAUCAGAAAUUAGUGAAAAGCAGGAAAGUAUAUCAGACUUGGAAGUAGAUGAAAAAUGUGAAUUCAGUAAGUGGAAAAGCUUUGGAGUACAAAGUGAGAAAAUAAAAGUUCAAGGCGACAAGCAUGCAAAAGUUGAUGAAGAUGAGGAACGUACGGAAAUUUCCACGGAAGCAACAACGAUUGCUCAGGAAAGUGGCGCAGAAGAGGAGAAAUUGGUAAUAAGUGGAGCCGACAAAGCGACAUCCUCAGAAAAGCCGAAACGAAAAAGAGGGCGACAUCCAAAGCGUGGGCUGAACAAAAAGCGGAGAAUUGAGGAGGAAGAAGAAAUAAGUAUGGAAAUAGAUGAUGAGGAAUUUAUCCCUGAUUCUAACCGGCGAACACGGAAACGACCACAGACAAGAAGGCGUAUGGCAGCGGAACGUGAUGAUGCCUCUUUCGGGUACGUAGAAAAACGCCGAUCUGGUCGCUCGGCAAACGUUGAGAAAAAAAGCUAUGAUUUACAAGCAAAAUGGGAUGAAAUGGAUGAAGAAAUAGGUGAGGAUGUUCAUAGUCGAAAAGAGAAAAAACCGGAAGAACAGAACGAAUUUAUUAUUGAAAAGAUUAUAGGUGUAAAAAAGAACGAAAAUGGACCGGAUUUAUAUUUUGUAAAAUAUAAAAACAAGGCUUAUAUUCAUUGUCAGUGGAAGUCGCAAUAUGAUCUGGAAGCUGGAGAUCGUCGAGCUGCAGCAAAACUGAAACGCUUUCAUCAAAAGCGAGCUCAUAGUUCGGAUCAAGAUGAUGAUGAACAGUUCAAUAGUGAUUUUGUAAUUGUGGAACGGGUGCUGGAUGCCAAUGAAUUGGAAGGAGAAGAUUUUGUUCUCAUUAAAUGGAAAUCUUUACCAUAUGAAGAAGUCACAUGGGAGAAAGUAGAAAUUGUUCCAGAAGAUAAAAUUGAGGCGUAUAAACUAAGAAAUACUUGUGAUUCUUUGAAAAUGAAACCAAAACUACACCCAUCAGCUUCUGAUUGGUCUAAAAUCCCUGAAGAUAUAACUUUCAAAGGUAAUAACCGACUUCGAGAGUAUCAAUUCGAAGGUGUAAAUUGGCUUCUGUACUGCUACUAUAACAAACAGAAUUGCAUACUGGCUGAUGAAAUGGGUCUAGGGAAGACCGUACAAACAAUAUGUUUCCUGCAGCGGGUUUAUGAUUAUGGGAUUCAUGGACCAUUUUUGAUUGUCGUUCCUUUAUCCACAAUUCAUAAUUGGCAACGUGAAUUCGAGACAUGGACGGAUAUGAAUACCAUUGUUUAUCAUGGAAGCGCAGCUAGUCGGCAGAUUAUUCAACAAACUGAAUUCUAUUAUCGUCCGGAAGAGCUAAAAGGAGGUAAACGUAAUGUUGUCAAAUUUGAUGCCCUAAUUACCACGUUCGAAAUGGUUGUUAGCGAUUGUGAUGUCCUUAAACAGAUUAACUAUCAAGUAUGCAUUAUUGAUGAAGCACAUCGAUUAAAAAAUCGAAAUUGCAAACUGCUUACCAGUGGACUGCUUUCAUUAACCGCAGAACACCGUGUACUAUUAACAGGGACACCAUUGCAAAAUAAUAUUGAAGAACUGUACUCACUUCUGAAUUUUCUGGAACCAGAACAGUUUCAUAGUUCAUCUGCUUUUCUUGAGCAAUUUGGUCAGUGUCAAACUGAGGAUCAGGUGCAACGAUUACAGGAUAUCCUCAAGCCGAUGAUGCUACGUCGUCUCAAGGAGGAUGUUGAAAAGACUUUACAACCAAAAGAGGAAACGAUUAUUGAGAUACAACUGUCGAAUACCCAAAAGAAAUACUAUAGAGCAAUACUAGAAAGAAAUUUCUCACAUCUCUGUAAGGGAACAUCUGUACCAUCGCUGAUGAAUGCAAUGAUGGAAUUGCGAAAAUGUUGCAAUCAUCCUUUUCUUAUAAGUGGUGCUGAGGAGCAAAUUCUUGCGGAGGUGAAAGCAGGACAUCCAGAUUGGAGUGAAGAUGAUAUUUAUCAGCAUGCAUUGGUGCAGUCAUCUGGUAAAUUGGUUCUAAUUGCGAAACUGUUACCGAAAUUACGUACAGAUGGUCAUAAAGUAUUGAUUUUUUCCCAAAUGGUCCGAGUUUUAGAUAUUAUCGAAGAAUUUCUUGUUGCACAGAAUUAUACAUUUGAACGAAUUGAUGGUAAUGUUCGUGGUGAUUUGAGGCAAAGCGCUAUCGAUCGUUUCAGUAAAAAAGAUUCUGAUCGUUUUAUCUUUCUGCUUUGUACUCGCGCCGGUGGUCUUGGAAUCAAUUUAACAGCAGCGGACACUGUCAUUAUUUUUGAUUCUGAUUGGAAUCCGCAGAACGAUUUACAGGCACAGGCUCGCUGUCACCGAAUUGGUCAAACGAAAAUGGUGAAAGUUUACCGCUUAAUUACCUGUAAUACAUAUGAACGUGAAAUGUUCGAUAAGGCAUCGUUGAAACUAGGCUUAGAUAGAGCCGUACUUCAGUCCACUACUGCUUUGAAGGAUACUUCACAGCAGUUGUCACGGAAGGAAAUUGAAGAAUUGCUGAAAAAGGGGGCUUACGGCGCGAUUAUGGAGGAAAAUGCUGAGGAGAGUAAAUUUAAUGAAGAAGAUAUCGAAACAAUUCUUCUUCGCCGCACAACUACAAUAACUCUUGAAGCCGGUGUAAAAGGAUCGACUUUUGCAAAAGCAUCCUUUAAUUCAUCCACAAAUAGAGAAGAUAUUGAUAUUGAUGACCCUAAUUUCUGGUCUAAAUGGGCUAAAAAGGCAAAUAUUGAUACGGACAUGAGUCAAGCAGAUAAGCAGCUGAUUGUUCUUGAACCUAGAAAUCGCAAAAAAAGGUUUGAAGAAAAUGUUUACAAGUCGGAGGGUGCUGAUGAAACAGAAGGUGAGGAGAGCGAUGAUAGCAGUAAGGGUCGAAAGCGAGGUGAGCGGAAAGGUGACCGUAAGAAGCGCCGUGAGGAUGAAGAGUAUCGACCAGAUGAGCUAGCUUUCAAUAAAAGUGAAUAUUUCAAGAUCGAAAAAGUACUUGGUCAGUUUGGUUGGGGUCGUUGGAAAGUGAUGCGCGAAGCUUCCGAUUUAAAGGAUAACGUCACCGAAAUUGAUAUUGAGCAUAUUUCAAGGACACUGUUGUUACACUGUAUUCGUGAAUAUCGUGGAGAUGAAAAAAUUCGUGAAUUUGUUUGGCGGUUAAUAAUCCCAAAAGGAGGUUUAGUUACUGGCAAGAAUACAGAAAAAAUAAAAAACACUGGCUUGACAUCAGUAUUCCAUGAAGGGUGGGCAGCAUUACCAGAAUAUAAUCCGCCAGCUUUUGCUGUUGAUUCGUCCUUCCAACGUCAUGUUCACAGACAUUCAAAUAAAUUAUUGAUCCGAAUGCAUCAACUUCACAUACUAAAUACCGAAGUAAUUGGUAGCAAGAGUGAGGCGAUAAUGAAUAAUACAAAAGCAAAUGACAUCGAUUUAUUGGUUGAUAUGAAUGAUGCUUUUGUAGCCGGUUGGGAUGCUGAAUGUGAUAAAAGUUUCCUUAUUGGAGCAUACAAACAUGGUCUAGAAAAUAUCGAUGCGAUGCGUAUUGAUCCAAUGCUUUGUUUUGGUUCGAAAAAAAUUGAGAUUUUCCCCAAUAUCUCGGAUUUGUUGAGUCGUUUUCGUCGUCUUUUAACGCAUUUCCAGAGAAAGCGACAUGAUUCAUUGACAUUUUCAACGUGGACUAAACGUGAAGAAGCGGAAUUCAUGCGUGUUCUGAGAAGUUAUGGAGUUAAGGAUGAUCCAUCAACAAUUAUUUCGUGGACUCGCUUCCGACAGCUUUCUCCACUUUUAGAAAAGAAAACUGAUAGUGAUCUAAUGGAGCAAUUGUACUGUGUAUUGUCCAUGUGCACAAAGCAGCUGGGAAAUGAAAUAACAGCUGUUGAUUUACAACGUGCUCUAAAGGUGGAAUCGAUUUCGGCGCGUAAGGCCCAAAAACUGAUGCAUCGAAUGAAUAUGAUGCGACAGAUUCACGAUUGGCGAGAAUCACUGGUUGAUCGACGAACACUUCUCAAACUUUGUUCUAAUGAAGCGAUGCCAAGUGGUUGGUCGGUUGAACAAGAUGAAGAGUUAUUCAAAAUAGUGGAUGAACAUGGUCUGGAUAACAUAGCUGCUAAUAUCCUUAAUAGGACUGCUUUUCAAAAGAUAAUAAGACCAGAAGAACGAACUUUGUUGAGACGUGUCGCUGAGAUUUAUACUACUCUUCAAACGAAGAAGUGGAAUGGCGCUGCUUCCACUGAGUUGCUCGAGGAUUCUGACGAUGAACAAGGGACGUCAUUGUUAUUACGCUCAAAACGGGGUCGCAAGAAAAGUGCUAUACCAAGUGCUUCAAUGCAAGAAUUUGUUGACACAGAGAAAGAGAAAAUGCGUGCUUUAGUACAUCAAACAUUUCUGCAAAGGCUGGAACAACUCCCGUUUGCUGCUGCAGCUGCUAUGGCGCAAGGCGCUUUUCUUCUUCCAUCACUUUUAUCAGGCGGUGGAACAUCUCCGGCAGCUGCUACAUCGACUCAAGCGCAGACAGCAAUGCUUUCCAGUUUGUUUGGACUAUCUUCUGCAUCACCUCCAGCAUCUGCUUCCACGAAUACCAAUAAAACAAAUGAUUAUGCAGAGGAUGUGCUAAAUCUGAGUACGAAAAAACCGACAAGUAAUAAUAGCACCACUACUGGAAUCUCUGCUCCUCCUACAAAUUUUUUGAAUAGUUUGAAUUUUACAGAGUUGUUUGCACUGGCAAAUCUACCACCAGAAACCCGUGUACCAGUGAUUAAUAUUGAAACGGGCACACGAUUGGUUGGUGAACAAGCGCCAAAAGUGAAAAAUCUUGGACAGUGGCUGUCAGCACAUCCCAAAUAUGUGCUCGAUAUUCCGUCGUCAACAUCUUCAACAGUUCCUUCGGUGCCUCAAGUAGCAUGCUCAAAGCUAGUUGAAAAAAGUGAUGGGAAGUCUGUAUCAGCAGUAUCAGAUAAAAUUGCUUCAAAGAAGGAAAUCAGCAAAGAAGCCCAUUCUAAGGAAACGCUUGCCAUUCAAACAAAUCCAAGUUUAUCGAAAGCGACAGCAACAGCAUUAAUUCUAGAACCUGGUGAAGUUCCUCGCUCUCCUAGUACAACCGCUGCAUCAUCAGCGACUUCCGUCGCUUCAUUUAGUGUUAGUGAUCAGCGAGUCGCCGUUUUCCAGCGUUCUACUGGUACUCUGAUUCCGGCCGAAAAAUGGCCACUGCUGAAAAAUCUUGCUUCAUGGCUGGACAAACAUCCGGAUUGCAAUGUACACUCGAGCAGUACAUCAGUGGCUACUACAAUUUUACCGAAAAAUUACGCUGAUCGUUUGGGUGAUGAUACGACAUCUUUGUCAUCAUCCUCAAGUGGUUUGGAAGCUCUACAAAUGCAAAUGAUGCUCCAGCAGUCGUUAAUGAAUCAAACGCUGCUCGGACUUGGAGCUUAUGGACCGCUUGGAUCGUAUGCAAUGCUUGCAGCUGCAGCGUCUGGUUCUACUCAGUCGAAUAAGAAUUCAUCGAAGGAUGUGUUGAAUCCGAUGCUUGCAUCACUAAUGAAUCCUUCACUACAUUUGCAACAGAUGCAAUCUCUACUGACAUUGGAUCCAUCAUUAUUGCUCAGUCAGCCAUUUUCCUCCAUUUCAACAACUAGUAAUACACCGCCGAUUUCUGCUUUAAACGUCUCGUCAGUCACAAAAUCGCCGAUUUCUACUACUGCUAGUACUGCUGCUACAGCUACUGCUGUUACUACUACAACUACUAUUAGUGCUUCUAGUACUACCACCACUACUACUACUACUGCAGCAACAACAACAGCUAGUGCUACCAUUGUUACAACUGCUGCUAUUACUAGUAUUCCCACUACUCCUUCUACUGUUUCUACUACUACUACUAUCACUACUACUGCUACUACUACUACUACUAUUGAUUCUGCUGCUAUUAUUACCACAAUGGCAAAGAAAGCAUCUAGCAGAGGUCGUCUAAAUGCUGUCGUUGAGAAACUGUCCUCGAACCAGAGUUAA